CUGACCCUAGAAAUUGAGAUUUUGUGCAGAGGAGAGAGGGAAGAUGGGAGGCAACGACGUGCUGUUGAUAGCUACCCGACUACGUCUGCUCGCCGUCGACGUGACGAAGCUGAAAAUCCUUCACUACUCAGAUACCGAAUUUACGGUACCGACAUUGCCGGUUGUGCAAGUGUUCGAUUUCGUGGACGGGGGUUAUUCCUUUGGAGCGAGAUUUUUCAUGUGGGGUUCCAAACUUUAUAUGGCCGGCGGUGAAAGAACUCGCUGGGAUGCAUCACAAGAAGAGCUCAGUAGGCCACUCGGCGCCGGCUUUCCUUUGAAGUCUAGGGCAAGCAAGCGUUCCCCACUUAUCUUCGUUUCAGAUUUCACCACGCCCGAUUCCAUCUCCAAAUUGAGUAGAGCUAAUUUCAGGAUGAUUACAGAAAAGCCUAGUCCCAUUAUAGUAGAGUUUGGAGGUAAGCUUUACGUACUGUCUGGACCUUCUUGGCACUAUAACCAUCCCUUGGAGUCCCCCACGUUUGAGGUUUAUGAUCCGUCUCUCGACGAAUUUGAGCCCCUGCCCGAUCCUCCCUUCUACAUUGAUAAUAAUUUCAAUUCAUAUGAUUGUGCCGUGGCUGGCUACUGUCUUGUGAAAUCCUCCAUUUACAUGUUGGUUGGAAACCGUUGUUAUUGUUACCGCAUCCAAGACAAUCAAUGGGAUGCUGAUGGAACUUCAAUGGAAGAAAUAGGUGUCCACAAAUAUGCGUUGCCUUGUUUUAGUGGGCAGUUUGUGCCUGGUUACAAUGACAUUUUCAUUUGCUUUCGUUUCCAUUCCCUGAUUGCCAUCAUGCUCCGUGAUGACGGUGGUCAUUCAUUUCAGUAUAUAGAUGAUGAGGUUUUUGACCCUCAUUACCACCCUGAUUCAUUUUCUUAUAAAGGACUAGUUGUUGCCAUGGGUGGGCAUGGGAUGUGCAUCCUAAAGCCUGCCAAGGCAAAAGUGGGAAACAGAAACCGUUGUGUUCUUUAUGUGGCCACUUUUCAUGUCAAGAAAUUGGAUUCCUCGGUCGAUGACGCCAAACGAGCCUUGACUAGUGCGGAAAGUUCCAUAGCUCCUACCUCUAAGAUAGCCAAGAUGGUUACUGAUUCUGAUAUCGGAACUUCUCAUCAUCAUCGCGAUGUUAGAGAGAGUGAUGAUUCAGCAUCUCUCCAAGAGAGUGAUCCACCACCACCACCCCAAGAAAGUGAUCCACCACCACCAUCAACCCCACGACCCUUCGUGUCUAUUACUUGUUUGAGCAAAGGUUUCUAUGACCUCGAAACAUGGGGCCCUGAAAUACCUUACAUUACCAGCGCAUUCUUCCAUCGAUGGGAGUGAAGGAUGGGUCUGAAACUUCUUCAUUGCUGUUAAAAUUUGCAAAUCAUUUGUAAAGAUCAUUGAUUGGUUUAAGGAUUGAGCAGUCGUCAAGGUGGUUGUUUCCUGUAAUUUGGGCAGAGGUUUGAAGCUGUGAAGCAAUGCACUUAGAAUUUUAGUUCUUUCAACGGUUGAAGUGUUAUCUCCAUCAGUGACCACAAAAGUAAUCUCUUUCUUUGUUAAAAAAAUGCUUCAAUGUCGUUUCAUUGUCUCCUUCCAACUAGGAUUGGUCAUGGUUUGAGAGCUUACAAUGGGGCAUGGUAUGGGUACCAGUUCAGUUGUGGACUGGAGUUUAGUCCACAAAAAAUUAGGAUGUGUUUGGUGCUUGGAAGUUGUGGUGGAAAGAAUGAA